GACAUCACACCGGCACUGUGAAGGCGGCGGCUGAAGCAGCGGCACUUUCUGUGACGUGCAGCCAGGAUUUGGGGACAGCCAGCAAGGACAGCAGGACCCCCGAACAUGAGACCUGUGGGGCUGUGCUAUCGCUACCCUACAUGGCUGAAAGCGCUGCAGAGUGAUGGUGUCCCCCAGAGGAUGCUUUGCAGCAGGGUGGUGUCACACCUUGGGGAUGCUCUCCCAAAGCCCUGUGGAGGUGUUGGUGGUGGGGCACGCGCUGCUCUGUUUGCACAUGUGAUAAGCAAUGAUAUCCUUGGGCUGUGUGUUGGUGUCCUGGCCAACACGGGCUCUUCCAGGUGAAGGUAAACUUGGGGAAAGAAACAUACCUAGCAAGGUGGAACACCUACAGGACAUUCUAAUGACAAACUUCGGGGCAGCAGCUUUGGGUAGAGGAAGAAUUCAGUUUUUGGGCACCUUUCACAUUCAACUUUGGGUAGAGGAAGAAUUCAGUUUUCGGGCACCUUUCACAUUCACCCUGAUGUGACCCCUGGCACUGCCACCCUGCUGAUGGCAAUCUGGGCAUCCCUGUGUGUCCGUCUUUGGGCUUUGGCAUCACUUGUCCUUGGUGCUCCGGGUGAAGCUGAGCCUGGGAGGCAGAGAACAGCAUAAUUUCAGAAUUAUUAAAGUGGUUUGGGUUAGAAACGUGACUGAGAAGAGGGCGCACUAUAUACCACACCUAUCAGCCAAUUACUCCGCGCAGAACUCUGAGUCAUUUGACGAGUUUACUGAGAAAAACAAUUUUCUACUUUUGUCAGCAGCUGCGGCUGAGCGGGCGGUGCUGCUCUGAUAGCAGCUCCCUGGUUUCUGUCGAAAAUGGAUUGCACUAAUUAAGAGAGAGCAGAGCAGUCAGAUUUUUAGGGCUUGGAUAGAGCACAGCAGAAUAUUUCCAUGUGAGCAGCAGCUUACAAAGCACGGUGCUGAGGUGGGGAUUGUCCUCAGGGCAACCCCUGGGUUUGGAGCCCCAUUAGUUCCAAUGGGGCUUGAGAUGGGCUCUGGAUUUGAGGGUCAGGCAGUAACUUGACAAUGAUCCUUGACAUAUGACAAGGUGUUGGUUAGCUGCAGGAUCACCAAAGGAAAUGGCAAACUCUACCCUGUGCUUUUCCCGAACAUUUGCCUUGCCUGGCUGAGUUGGUUUUUGUGGAUGUUCUCCUGAUGCAUGGUACAAAUUUCUCCCUGAGCUCAGAUAUGGUUGCAGCUCUCUGCUAUUUCAUCUGGAUUUUUCUUUUAUUAAAAUGAGUGCUGGCAUUUCUAUCAUUCAUGCCAUCUCAUUCUGGUGAUCUGUGUACAAAUCAUUAUCACCUUCAGAUCUGAUAUGGUGGAGUACCUAAAACUGCUGUGAAAUGAGUAAUGCAACCAAAUGACAAACCAAGGGUGGUCUGCAAAGCACUAUCAGCUCUUGUAGCAUGAAACUACUCUGAGAUGUGCUAUUGAAACAUAUAUUAUCACUCUGAAAUCCUUUACUGGAAAUCUAGAUUUUACACACGUAUGUGGUCAGUCACUGACAGAGCAGCUUCUAUUUGGGUCAGAGAAUCUUGGUGGUGGUUUUUUUUUUUUAAGUUUUUUUGUGUGGUUGCUUUUUAGGAUGAAAUAAAAGCUUCUGGAUCUCUGAAUGACUGUGGUGUUGGGUCAGCAGGGGCUGCUCGAAGUGUUGCUCAAAGGCUGCUUUCUUCUUUUGAUUUCAGAUUUGGAGGCAAAUUAGUGAUGCAGAGGGCUUGUCCUCUUACCUUGUAACCCCUGAUCAUGGCGACAAUGGAGAUUGCAAACCCUACCGUGUACUGCUGUGACAAGUUAUUUGUGACCUAGCUGCUUUCUGGGCUGCCUGGAAGGACAGAACAGGGCCACAUCCCCAGGGUGCAGCCACACAUCAGAGCCUGAAUGACGCUGGAGGUGCCCCAGGCACCCAGUUCCCACUCUACCAUCUGAUCUCAGCUCCAUCAUCACACUGUGCUUCAAAAAUCCCUAUUUCUUUUUUCCUCUUCCUUCCCAGAGAACACGAGCCACAGCUUGCUGGUUUAUUUGGGAUAUUCUGCUGCUGCUGCAGUUGGCACAUGGUCCAGAUCCUCUGCUAUGUGUACUGAGAGGAGAAAACAGAGCAUCACCCCAUCAUCCAUUGGCUUCCCCAUGGGGUGGAUUUUGCAUUGAGUUUCUCACCCACUGGUGCUUGGCUCACCUGCCUCCUAGGCACCAGUUACCAAAAGGAAAAAGUUUGGUUACCAAAAGGAAAAAAGAGAAGAAAGAGAAGUCCCUUCUUCUCAUCUGCAAUUUACAUAAUGAAGUAAGAACUCACUGCUCUUCCCUUGUUUCCCUGCAGGGCUGGGUGUGCACUGGGUGCCUGGGAAAGCUGCAGGCAUGUUUGGGUUCUUGCGUGCCUCUUCCUCUGCUCUGAGCAAAACUUUUGUUGCAAUUUUACGAGCAGCAGGUGGGGAUUUAGAAAGGAAGGUGCAGAUAAACAGGCAUGUGCUGCUGAGGAUCGCUCCAAAGCUUCGACAAGAUGGCAUGCAGCCUGAGAACCUGGAUAAAAACACGUCCUUUGGAGCUCUCUGGGACAGACGUCGGUGGGACGGAUUGACCCGUGCCAACAGAGCAGAGGGAAGAUUUGAGGAUACACCAUUCUCAACAGGUGCUCCAGGCAUGCUGGGCUCCCGUGUGCUUCUCUGCCUCUGCUCCAUGACCUGCUGUCUCACCCUGCUGCCAGCAGCUGGGAACAAAAUUCUCCUCUUUGGCCCCUGUAGGAUUUCAGUGAGCAUGAGUGAAAUCAGGGCUGGCUUCACUGCCAUCAAAACCAACAUUCAAGCCCGGGACCCCAUCAGGACACUGAGCAUCCUGUCCCAUCCACACUCCCUGCACAGGGUCCAGCCUUCAGAUAAAUGCUGCAUGGUCCACAAAGUCUUCAACUUCUAUGUGGACAAAGUCUUCAAGCACUGCCAGACCGAGAAUUCCUACAUCAACCGAAAGAUCAGCAGCAUAGCCAACUCCUUCCUCAGCAUCAAAAGGAAACUCGAGCACUGUCACGAUGAAAACAAGUGCUUGUGUGGACAGGAACCCACUGAGAGAUUUAAGCAGAUACUUGUGAACUACGAAGGGCUGAAUGUCACAUCUGCAGCCAUGAAAUCCCUGGGUGAGCUGGACAUCCUGCUGGACUGGAUGGAGAAAUCCCCAUAG